AUGCUGCUGCUGAUCAUGCCCAAUUCUCCCUCCCCAUUCAGUAAAAGUGCCUCCAUAUUUGGUAGCUCCUCCAGCCCAUCGAGUGAUGUCAGCAGGUCCACUCCUUCUCUCGCUGCUGCAGCUACCCCUGCUGCUGCAACUCCAUCCCCUACUGCCAUCACACCUGCACCAGUUGGUUUUGCCCCAGUUAAUGUAACUUUCAAAGGAGCAGCUGCCAUCCCUGAACUAGCUGUUGCUACCCCUGCUGCUGCUUCCCCUGCUGUUGCUACCCCUGCUGCUGCUACCCCUGCUGCUGCUACCCCUGCUGUUGCUACCCUGCUAGCCCUGUGCUCCUUCACACCCCCUGGUGGGUCGGAAAAUCUUCUCCAAGCCACCGACCCUGCCAUCCCCUCCUCCUACUUUCCCCUCUCCUUCCUCCCCCCUUACAGCAACAUCUAG